CGCGUCAUGGCGAGGCAGCAUCCGAGGUCGCGGCUGGAAACGGCGGCGGACGCGGCGUCCUGGUGCCUCGCGCUGUCGGCUCUGGCGGCGGUGCUGCUGGUGUGCGCGACCGGCGAGGAAGGGGAGACGGUGCGCGGCGCGUCGCUGUCGGCGCGGUGGCGGCCGUGCGAGGAGAUGUACGUGGUGGCGGAGGGGGAGACGCUGCACGGCAUCAGCGACCGGUGCGGCGACCCCUACAUCCUGGAGCGCAACCCGCACGUCCACGACCCCGACGACGUCUUCCCCGGCCUCGUCCUCAGGAUCGCGCCCUCCAUUCCCAAGCCUCGCUAGCUAGACCGUCUCAUGGAUAGGUAGAGCAGAAGCGAGUCCCUGAGAAAAUCCGACAAGCUCUUACUCGUCACGGAUUAUUCCUUCCACUGAUACUGAUAAUAGAACUCCAGUUUGCGCGCGUGUAGUUGCGCUGCCGGAGCGAGUCUUACUGCGCGCUGGUCUUUUCUGAAACAUAUAUACUCCGUAGUUGUAAUUUGAGAUGUCCAAGUAUGUUUCAGCGCGUGUGUAUGCUGGUUGGUUUU